UUCUAGAAGAAAUCCAGAAUAUAAAAGGAUCGACAAUCGAUUGUUCAAUCAGUUACUGUUUCGAUCACAAUGAAGGUGUUUAUUUGUUUAGUUGUACUCUUUGUAUUUGCUGAUGCCACCUUGAACCUUGGAUCUCUUCUUGGUGCAAAAGGCGGCGGCGGCGGCGGUGGUGGUGGUCUUUUGCAAUCAAAGCUAGGUGGAAGUGGCGGCAACAACGAAGAAGUUAUUAAAGUAAUUCAUUAUGGUUCUGCUGGAGGUUCUUCUGGAUAUUCCUCAGGCGGAAGCUCAGGUAGUGGUGGCACUGUAAACAUUUUUCUAAUACCAUCAAGCGGUGGUCAUGGUGGAGGAUGGGACUCAGGCAGCAGCCAAGGUUAUAGCUCGGGCCAUAAUAAUGGAUGGUAGUUCAUACUCAAUAAAUUAAAACUGAAUGUAUAAUUUCUAGUGUUCGAAAUAAAAGUAAUUUUCAAUUAUCGUAAAUUUUUACAUAAA